CGCUUCUUUAAACCUCAAGACAAGUCAGUGCAUUCCACCAUUUUGAACAAAAGUUUCUUCCAUUUAUACUAAGCAUGCCUGUUGAAGGUGUUUAUGCUUCACCAUUACCCAAACUGAAUACUUCGACGUCUUCACUUCCACCCACCAAAUCCAUGGAUAAAUCAAACUCAUCACACUCUAGUAAUGGGGUAGAUUCUCUGACAGCUUCGUUUUGGCACCACACGAGCUUAUCUGAUAAAGAACAAGCUUCCCCUAAAUUGCAAUAUUCAAGGCGACGAUUAUCGAGUAACGACAGUGCAGUCAUUCCUAUGGACAUAGACCAUCGAAGUCCAUCCACCAACCUUCUUCCGAAUACUGAUCGAACCACGGUCAGAGGAAAACAUUUGGACGACUCGGUUCAUACCAAUGGCUCACGAUACGAUGCUUCGAAGUCUGUAGAGUAUAAUGAUUUAGCUCUGCAGGAAUCUUCUACGCCCUCUGGCUUGCAUACCAUAAACUCCAUACCAUGUGCAAGUAAUUCCACUUGUGCAACCGAUCAGUCACCAACAAAUGGAGUCAAGCUGAAGCGACACUCUGCAACCGCCAAAUUGAAGCCUUUAUCAACCACCACCAAUGUAAACAAACCUAUCCCACCCAAAUCUUCUAUAUCACCCUCACAAGCCAAGCCUAUGUCUGCUAUUGAGCUUAUGACCCGGUUGGAAAACGGAAAGCGUCAAAAGUCGGGUGAAACCAUGCUAUUGAUCGACUUGCGGGACAUCAAUGAAUAUAACGAGGACACCGUCACUGGAGCUAUAAAUGUCAAUCUACCGACUUUGUUGAUAAAGCGAUUUAAGAGGAACGCCAUGUCCACUUUUAAAAUGCAGAAUUUUAUCACUUCAGCGGAAGGAAAGGAGUUUUUUGCUGCUAGGGAUAAUUUGAAAAGCGGCGACGCUAUCGUUGUGUUUGAUCAAACGAUGGAUGAAACGGAUCCUGACCUUUAUGCAUGGACACUGUUGGCCAUUUUGGAAAAAGUCGGUCUGGAUGAUGUAAAUACAUCACUGGCCUCUCUGAAUAUUCAAGUUUUCUGGCUCAAAGGGGGCUACGAUGUCUUUCGGCAAUUCGACGUCAAUGGUGAUCAUCGGUGUGAACCAGGAGCGUUUAUCGAGGCUUUAAACACCACCACCAACAACAACAAUAGUGUGGAUGGCAUCACGUUGGAUGCUAACCUUUUAUCAAGACCAGCACCCAUGUUAUCAAGAAGUACCACCAUUCCUUCCUCUGCACCCAUGAAUCAGAGUUCUAACUUGCAACGGCGCGCGAGUCUUUUCAGUCUGGAUACUGGAGCAGCGCGGGCAAGACGAGAACACUCAAAUCGCAUACUCAGGCAAGCCAGCCAAAGGGCGGCUAGUCGGGCAGCAGCCAAUUUACAUCCCGAUUCCCUCACCACCUCACCUGAAAGCAUGAAUGGAACAGAAGGAAGGAGGGAUGAUGGAAUGGAAUCGGCGAUUGAUAGCGAAACUACUAGACACUCUUCUGCGUCAACAGGCAGACAAUGGUCAGCUAGGAGUAAAGAUGGUGGACCGGAUUCAGCUGCGACCCAAGACUCGGGAUUUUACACCUCAAGUACCGUCAAUUCCGCAGCAUCUGAAUUGCCUUUACCACCGUAUGUCAAUGAAUGGAAGGACUCUGACCUUGACGAUAUGAGUGAAGAUAUCAUGUCAUCCGACUCACCGCCUGUAUCUUACGAAGAAACUCAGUUCGUGGUCUCGGAGAUUGUACCAGGAUUUUUGUUUGUAGGACCCGAAAUAACAUCACUCGAACAUGUACAGAUAUUACAAGAAAAAGCCGUUCGCCGUAUUCUCAACAUGGCAGAGGAAUGCGAUGAUGAUGUUCCUGGGCUACAAGAUACCUUCAUCUACAAGAAAAUUCCAGCUCGAGAUACCGUUGACAUGCGAAAUGUCAGUAGCACUUUUACCGGCGCAGUCAAAUUUAUCGAGGACUCAAAGCGUCUUCACGAACCCAUUUAUGUUCACUGCCGAGCAGGAAAAUCCAGAUCUGUCACUGCCAUCUUGGCCUACCUCAUCUUAUCCGAGCGUUGGACGCUAAAGCGCGCUUAUCGUCAUGUCACCAAAGCUCGACCCAAUAUGUCUCCCAACAUUGGCUUUGUGGCAGAGCUGAUGAAGCUAGAAGGUCGCGUCCACGGUAUGGUGUCGGGUAUCGAUUCAUCCGACCCUAGCAGCAUGCCAUUGCCUAGUCCCAAGCUCAAGCAAGACCUUAAAAAGUUGAAACAAGAAUGGGAGGAUGCCGUCAACUAGCACACCACUCCCACUCAUUCUACUAUCGGAUGUACGCAAUAGCGUGUAUCUUGUAUUCACUUGUAUAAUUUCAUUGAACAUUUACUUACAGUAUUUUUAGUCCCAUCUUUUGUAAAAUUUCAUGUCAACUGUUGUAAAACCUCUUCGUCACCACCUCUUCUUUACUUAUUUACAAUGCAUGCAUGUUAUAAAACUCCCUUUAUUUUUUUUACUCUCUCUCUCUUUUUUUUUUUUAUAUAAUGCACACACAGAAAAAAAAAAAUUA